AUGGAUGCAAUCCCUGAAGACCGAGAAAUCAAGGCUUUGAAGCAUUCGAAUCCCUUGCUCCAGGAUAUCAACAACAGGCUACCCGGGCUUCUAUGGGAUAUACAAGAUGGAGAAAAGAGACUGCGGCCCCGGGUAAAAGUUGCUGAUUAUAAUCAUAUUAUUGGACGGCUCGAGUCCUUUCAAGAGUUUCCUCAACUCCUAGAUCCAAUCCUAGCUGGUUGUAUGGAGAACCUAACAUCGGCUUUUUCUGUGUACCUGUCAUCAGAAAAUGAGAGGUUCAAGCCUGCUUCAGACGCGGAAGAAAGAGUCGCCGUCAACACUCUUGCAGCACUUGGUCAGCUACUGUAUGUUUGGAUGAAGGUCAGAGGGCCCAAAGUUGUCCUACGCUUCCUCUAUAACGAUCCAAAAUGGCUUGAACCAAUGCUGGGAGUGUUUGAACAGACGAGUAAGCUAAUCGGGAAAACCGAUAAAUCAGCCAAUGUUCUUAAUGAUGUGGUCGAGGAAACAUUUGAAGAAGCCUCGGGGCCCAGAGCUGACGAUAAGAGUGGUUUACCAUGGCAUUUGAGAUAUGUCACGUUGAUGUGGGUUUCGCAUCUACUAUAUACCCCAUUCGACCUGGUAACUAUUGGAGAUGAGCCCGCGGGGAAGCCCCCGGUUCCAUUGGUCGAGGUGCCUGCUUUGCCAGAAAGGACACCGGAAAUAGCUAGACGAGUUAUGAAUGUGGCUUGUUGCAAUAUACAUUCUCCAGGAAAGGAUCGAGAAGGUGCAGCUGCCGCUAUUGUUCGCCUUGUGGUUCGAAAAGAUGUCUACGAGCACCUUCUCAACUGGUUCGUGGACUGGGUCGCGAAUAUUGUCGGCCUCUGUGUCAAGGGUAGCUUGAGAGAGGACAGCAAGGGAGUUGCGUAUGUUUAUUUUCUUCUGGGCUUAUUGGGUGCCCUAUCUGGGAUUUUUGCAUCUGGCGAGAGGUCUAUCGUUGGCCAGCCUGAUUUACUACAAAAGGUAUAUGAUAAUAUCAUACGAGAACUCUAUACCGAUGAGUCAGGGUUGGUCGCUCAGAAUGCUAUGCUACGGAAAACGAUGUGCAAACUAUUUCGAAAUAUAUCCUAUCUAUAUUUACCCUUACCAGGGCAAGUAGAGACUCAAGACGGCCCUCCAGAAGAGGUCGAGGAGAUGAUUGACCAGUUACUUCGACUCCUCGACGACAGAGACUCCCUUGUUCGCUAUGCAGCGUCUAAGUCGCUCAGUCUGAUUGCUUUACGAUUAGCAGCGGCUGACAGGAGCCAGAUAUUCGAAGCAGUAAUCGACCUUUACGAUUCGGACGUGCUUUAUCCUAAUAGAGCAUUGACAAAACUUGACCCGAAGAAGCGACACCAAAAGGACCUUUCUCAAGUUUCGGUGCACCUUUGGCACGGGCUUACUCUGACCGUAGCAACGUUUCUUCGCUUCCACGCAGCUACAGUCCAGAUGCUUCCAAAAGUUUUAGACUGCAUAAUUACGGCAUUAGCUUUUGAACAACGAAAAGCCACAUUCGCAACUGGUGGCAAUGUUCGGGACGCUGCUUGCUAUGCCGCGUGGAGUUUAGCAAGAAACUAUAAAACGGAAGAGAUGCUGGCGGGGCGUCCUACACCUCCUCACCCAGAAGAUGUUUCAUUACCACAGGUCUUGGCGCUAGAGCUUGUGAAUGCAGCCUGUCUUGACCCAAUUGGUAAUAUUCGACGUGGAGCUUCCGCAGCCCUCCAGGAAUUGGUUGGCCGGCAUCCCAAUAUGAUUAAGGAUGGUAUUUCUUUGGUCCAAGCGGUGGAUUACUCGGCAGUAGCUCUUCGGAGUAGAGCUAGUACAGAAGUUGCUUCAAAGGCUGCUGUCCUUGGAGGGGCCUGUUACUGGGGCGGUUUGAUCAAAGGUCUCGUUGAUGAUUGGCGUGGUAUCGGGCUCCAGGAUUCCGUUGGUAGGACCGUUUCUGCAAAAGGCAUCGGCGAAUUGUCAAAAAUUGGGAUUCUGGACCUCAAUAAGCGGCAGGAAGUCUGGAACAUCACGAAGGAUAUCAUCAACAGAUAUGGCUCGGGGGCGUCUCUAGAUAUCGAAGUUCGUCAUGGCAGCUGGUACGCCCUAGCCGAUAUCAUAUUUUCUUUGAUAAAUGCGCUCGAAAAGUCAAACCCGGGACUCUUAGUAGAGAUCUUGUCAGAGAUGAGAGAGAAGACCGGUGUCUUUGAUAUAUUCGACAAUGUCAAACCGAGGGAUUUCGUUCACCCAGUACUCAAACCGGAGAUGACAUGCGAGGCUGCUGCCUACCUAGUAACCGCACUAUCUGAUGCUGCUAAGAUCAUGUACGCUCAUGGUCUCCCAGACCUACCCGUCCCGUUGCUUAGGCGCUAUCUCUGCGUUAUAGAUUCAGCUCUUGAAAGAUGGGAAGAGAAUGUCACAACAGUUGCGGUCUAUGCAGCAGAGCGGUUUUUUCUUCAUAUGAAUGAUAGAUAUCGAACCGAAAUUGUCAGACUAUGGCUCGGAAAAUCUAAGGCGAGGACACGAAGAAUUCUUGUUGUCAAGGCACUAGGUGCUGUAUUUAGGUUUUUCAGAAACGACCAAGAGUGGCCUAGAUUAUCGGGUAUCCAACAAGAUAUAAUUGACGGACUGUUGAUUGUUAGCAGGUCUCCGCAUAUUGAGAUGCGUGUGGCUGCAAUUUCUGCCUUUGCAGAUGGUAUUUUCCCGGAAGGAAUUACGAACGAGCACAUUCUUCAAACGAUUCACAAAUCGCUAAUCGAUUACUCCGUGGAUUCCCGUGGAGAUGUGGGCUCAUGGGCUAGAAUAGAAGCAAUACGUGCUGUCUUAUCUCUUCAUACACUACAUCCACUCGAUAUCCACACCCUAGACACCACAUCUCUCAACGUAUUUCAUAAAAUCAUCGGCUUAUCGGCGGAAAAGCUAGAUAGGGUACGUCUAAAAGCCUGUGAUGCUAUUUGGAAGCUUACUACCCAGGAACCGCAAUGGGGAAUUAUCUUCAAUGGUAUCACUGCAGAAUCCAGUUUUUGGGUUAAUUGGGACGAGUACUUCGAGACAACUGUCAAAAUUUUGAGCAUACCGUCUGUGAGGGAAUCAUAUCUAGAAGGAUACGCUACUAGUGCCGGCGCAGGAUCGGACAGCGUGAUGAGGUCCAGUACCCGGGCGAUGCAGAAGUACUUAAGUGGAUUGCCACCCUACCCAAACUCCGAUGGCGGAGUUGCACUGAGUGAUAUAGUACAAUCCUGGAUAACUAUUGUUGAGAAGGCUAUUGCUGGCAGUGAUGAUAGGGUUGUCGUUCCCGCCUUAGCCAUGCUGGGUGGUUGGUUUGAAAGUGGUUUGAUGGAGAAGCUGGGAGAUGGAGAAUUUAGGUUUGCAAGCCCUACAAUAUAUAUUGAUAAUUCAUCCAAUAGACAUACGUGUGCGAGUGGCGAUACUGACGAGUCUUAUAAUAGAUUUCAGGCCCUGUUUUCGUUGACCCAAAAGGCUCACCUCAAGUCAUCGAAUGUUGCAAAAUUGAGCGGUGCUGUUAAGAUUUACAAUGGGCUAGCGUCCGUAAAAUCAACGCGAACAUCCUCAAUUAAGAAAUUAGUUUCUAUGUUAUUACACCCGUUUCCAAAGGUCAGUCAGCCCAGGUAUUCCUACUUUGUCCGAUGA